UACACUGAAACAGUACAGCAGCGCUGGCAGGCAGAGAUCUCAGGAUGGGAGCGCACUUUAUAAACUGGAUUAUCAUAUCACUAUGGGCAGGAUCUUCAGCUCUGAUAGUAACACCUGUCACAGACCCUGUAAUCAGCAAGGUUGGAGACAAUGUAACGCUGGAGAUUAAACCCCCUGGAAUUCUAGGUUCAGUGACAUGGACUUUCAGCCCUACAGGGAUCCCUGUGGUGCAGUGGAACGGACCUGUCCCAGUCACAGGCCCGGGAUAUGAGAACAGAGUCACCCUGAACACAACUACAGGGUCACUGGAGCUCAGAUCAGUGCAGCUCAGCGACGCUGGAGAGUAUAUAUUCGAAGGCAUUACCAUUACAUCAGGAAGAGAAACAUUCAAUGGAAGUGUUACCGUGAAAGUUUAUGAACCUGUCUCCCAACCCAGAGUCCGCUCCAAUGUGACUAAUCCAGUGGAGUUCAAUGACACUGUCAGUUUGACCUGUACAGCCUCUGGUUCUGCCGUCUCAUACCGAUGGCUCAAUGGCAGCUCUGUGCUUAGUGACAGUGAGCGGAUUCACCUGAGUGAUGACAAUAAAACACUGACCAUUCCCAGGGUGUUGAGAUCUGAUGAUGGGACCCUGUAUUGCUAUGUGUUUAACCCUGUCACUAACAGCACCAGCGAGCCGUUUCAUCUCAUCGUGAGCUAUGGACCAGAAUCCCUCACUCUGUCUAUCAGCCCCCAAAAGCUGAUCUAUAGUGCAGGACUAGACCUCACUCUGUCCUGCUCUGCACAGUCCAGCCCACCUGCUCACUACCAAUGGUACUUUAAUGGAGCCCCUCUUAACAAACUGGGCUCACAGCUGAAUAUGGCUCACAUUCAGCACAGUCAGACUGGAAACUAUACCUGCUGGGCCUCUAACAAUAUAACCCUUAGGUAUGCUGAUGUAACAAGAGCGAUUAUUGUUGUGGAGUCAAUAACUAACGUAAAUGUGAAACCCAACCCUGCCCAGCCAAUAGCAAACCAGACUCUAAACCUGACCUGCGAGGUGCUUGGAUCACAGACUGUUUCCUCAAGGCUCUGGCUGAAGAACAAUCAGCCCUUGUCCACUAGUGACAGAAUAACAUUGUCUGUGGACAACAGCACAGUCUCCUUCAAUCCAGUGCUGCAGUCUGAUAACGGCACAUAUCAGUGUAAAGCUGAGAACCCUGUAAGUGAAGUGACGAGUGUUGGAUACAGAUUGUUCAAUUCUUCUCUGGCAGCUGGAAAUAAGUCCUUGACAGCAGGGCAGAUUACAGGAAUCGUCAUUGGCACACUUGUAGGGGUUGUCCUUAUUGGUGUUGGAGUGUACUUUUCCGUGAAAACAUUUGGGAAUGGCACAAAAACUCCUAAACCAAGUCCUCCAGGCCCUACUACAGCCGCUAAUGCAAAUGAUAAGGCAGACAACAUUCACUACGCUGACCCCAAAUUUCUAAAAAACAAUAAAAGUGGUCAAAGGAUACAGAUGGAACAGACCACUACUGAAUACGCCCAAGUGGCAGGCCGGCGCGCUGGAAACCAGAGAAGGUUUCUUACCUGUCCGUCAACAUCCCAGCCCUUCAGACGCCUCACCCCAAACCCGGGCCCACCCAAACCCAGCCCCAGCCCCAGUCCCAGUCCCAGCCCCAACCCCGGCCGGGGUCAUGGGGUUGGGGAUAGGCUAACAGAGAUGAACAUUUCCACCUGUGUCCCCCGCGUGAAAAUCAAAAUCCAUUCCCUAUAG